AUGGACGGUCAGCAGGAGCGCACUGCGCACGAGGUUUUUGCAAAGAUGGCGACGGAUUAUGGCCAACCAAAUGCCAUCGAUGCUUUUGUCGAGUACCGCCUUCUGAACACCACCACCUUCCAUGGUGGUGACACCAUUGAAAAACAAAUCAUGGAAAUGGAGACUCGUCGUCGCCAGUGUUCGGAAGGAGGAAUCAAGAUCCCCGACUACCUCUUCGCAACUCUAAUGCUCGCCGCCUUGCCCGCUUCCAGCAGAGGUUUCGUCACCUCUUACCUGGCCAAUCGUCCUAUCGCUUCUCUGAACCCAGUCGAUGUCAAGAACAGCGUCAUAGGGAAUAUCAAGAUCGAGAACCUCGACACGACGUCGAACUCAAAGAUUUCCACCGUUCCGUCCCUUGCCACCCGCUGCACUCAUUGCAACAAAUCUGGUCACGUUGCGGCAUCCUGCUACAAGAAGUAUUCCAACCUCAAGCCGACUGGUCAAUCUUCUGACAAAGGCAAGGGGAAGCAGGAUGAAGGGAAGAAGAAAAAGAAGAAGGAAAAGAAGAGCGGUGAUGGUACUAGCGCUGUAAAAGAAGUUGUAGCCGCUCCCGCGGUUGCAGCUGCCUCCAAUGGAAUGCACAUUUCAUCCUAUCUCAUGAGUGACUCCCUCAAACACAUCGAUGAUGGAAUUUUUGUUGAAGAAAUGGGAGACGACUCCAAAGUUUGUUUUCUAUGGGACUCGGGUUGUACGCAUCAUAUGACAAACACCCGAUCUGAUCUUCACAACAUCAGACCUAUCGACACCUAUGUAAUUGUUGGGUCGGGAGCUCGCUUCAAGAAUGAAGCCGUUGGAGAUAUUGUGUUGCGGGGUCAUACUAGUAGUGGCAUGGACUACACCUUCACGCUGAAGGAUGUCAUCUACAACCCGCACAUAAGAGGGCGUUACCUUUCUGGGUAUGCGCUCGAUCAGGCUGGUUACUACACCGUGGUUGGUGACAACAAGGCAAUCCUAGUCACCAAGGAUUGGCUCAACAAGGGAAAAGCGCAUGGGGAUGUCUUGAUGACCUUUAAAGCAAGCAAUCGCUGCUACUGGUACUACCCCGAGGAGCUUGUGGCACCAUCUGUGUCUGCAUCUCACGAGUCUACCGCGCUCGCUUCCCUGGAAACUACCGAUCGUGAAUUUUGA